AUGCGCGAGCACCGCAAAUUUAAAAAUAAUGGGCACAGAAAGAAAAUCAACAAAAUUAUUAUUAACCCUUUAAUAACCACUUUACCCUUUAAAAACUUCAAAAAUAAUAUUUUUAUUUUUAUUCUGAUACUUUUAAAUUUAAUUAAUUUAACCCCAACAAAUGCAUUAAGACGCAGAUCAGAAAAUGAAGAAAUCCAAAUCACCGUCUACCCAGCCGAAUUGACCGUUCAAGAAGGUCGAGAGGCCAGUUUUGACUGUAGAGCUCGUGCCACAGACAAUAGCAUUUACCCAGAAGUAAGGUGGACUCGUGUAGGUGGGAGACUACCUGAUGGAGUUUAUGAGAGUGGAGGAAGACUUGUAUUUUCUAAUUCAAAAUUGGCCCAUUCUGGCCGAUAUAUUUGUUUGGCAAUGCAUAAAGGAAGGAGUGUUGAAGCUUUUGCACAAUUACAAGUUCAAUCAUUUGGACCUCAAGAAUUCCAAACAGACAACAAUCCACCAAGUCAACCAGUUACUUGUAGUGCUAAUGAACGUGCUUGUGGAGGCAAUGAAUGUGUGAAGAUGGAAUAUGUUUGUGAUGGAGAAAGGGAUUGCAGGGAUGGCUCCGAUGAAUUGGUACUGUUUAAACUAGAACAGCCUUAUCUGAUAUUCUUGAGCCUUAUCUGA